CAGAUUUUGUUAAAGAGUAACGUGCGAUGCCAAGAUAUCAAUAAUGAACAAACUCUUUUCUCUCUUCCCAAUUUGAGUUCUUGUGUCCAAUGCCUUCUUCAACACUCUAAUUUCUUCAACAUUUCAAGGUUGUUGCUCUAAAGAAAGUUCUUUUCUGACAAAAAGAAAAACAAAAUGGUUGUGGCUAUGAGUGUUGGUCUUCACUUCAGUGCUGCUCAUAGUAGCUUGAGAGCUAUGGAGAAAAUCAUUUGCAGCGCCCCUUUCUCGAGGGCCUCGUCUGGGUUUGCUGCUACUAAACCAUUUCGAACCCUUAGCAGAAGAUUGUCAUCUUCUGGAACUACAAUUAUCCCUCGAGCAGCACCUGUUACUGAUGUGGAGGAUGGAAAUCAAGGAGAGACUGACACCAUUCCAACUCCCGUAGUUAUAAUUGACCAAGACUCUGAUCCAGAUGCAACUGUGGUGGAGAUAACUUUUGGUGACAGGCUUGGGGCACUUCUAGACACAAUGAAUGCAUUAAAAAACUUAGGUCUCAAUGUUGCUAAGGCAAAUGUCUUUCUGGAUUCAUCUGGCAAGCACAACAAGUUUUCCAUCACAAAAGCUGAUACUGGCAGGAAAGUGGAAGAUCCAGAGUUGUUAGAGGCAAUUCGUUUGACAAUUAUAAAUAAUCUUAUUCAAUAUCAUCCGGAGUCAAGUUCCUUGCUAGCAUUGGGAGCAGCUUUUGGACUUUUGCCUCCAAAAGAGCAGGUUGAUGUAGAUAUAGCAACCCACAUAAAUAUUUCUGAUGAUGGCCCAGAUCGAAGUUUGCUGUAUGUGGAGACAGCUGACCGGCCUGGACUAUUGGUUGAUCUUGUAAAGAUUAUUACUGACAUAAACAUUGAUGUUGAAUCAGGAGAAUUUGACACUGAGGGGCUCUUGGCGAAGGCAAAGUUUCAUGUCAGCUACAAUGGUAAAGCAAUCAUCAAGCCUCUGCAGCAGGUUCUUGCAAACAGCUUGAGAUAUUUCUUGAGGCGUCCGACAACUGAGGAAUCUAGUUUUUGAGUGUUUCUUCUUAGAACAUAGUAUUCUCUUUCACAUGGGAUUUACAAUGUUUGCACUUCUUUUGUCACAUGAAAGUCAAAUGAAAAAUACGGUUACUUGAGAAGCCACAAUCAUAAAAUUGAAUUAACAUGAAUAGGAUUAUAAACCCACUAUUAUAUCAUAAAUUUGAAUAUUUAUUUUUGAAAAUACUUAUAAUA